CAGGUGGGGCUAGUGGGCGGGUCUUGAACCCCCAGCUUAGCCCGUCAGUGAGGUCCCUAACCCCUCCUCCUCCUCCUGAAGCCUUUACCCCCGAACCCAGAGUCCAAAUCCUCGAACCCGGCGCCAGAACCCAGAAUCCUCCGAAUCCUCGAACCCAGAGCCAGCAUCCGGAAGGCUCCCCAUCCUCGAACCCAGAGCCGGACUCCAGAAAGCUUCAAAUCCUCGAACCCAGAGCCUCCAAUCCUCGAACCCUCGAACCCAGAGCCGGACUUCAGAAAGCUUCCCAUCCAGAAGGCUUCAAAUCCUCGAACCCAGAGCCGGACUCCAGAACUCUCCAAUCCUCGAACCCAGAACCCUUGAAUCCUCGAACCCAGAGCCUCCAAUCCUCGAACCCAGAGCCUCCAAUCCUCGAACCCAGAGCCUCCAAUCCUCGAACCCAGAGCCUCCAAUCCUCGAACCCAGAGCCUCCAAUCCUCGAACCCAGAACCCUCGAAUCCUCGAACCCAGAGCCUGCAAUUCUCGAACCCAGAGCCGGAACCCAGAAUCUUCCGAAUCCUCGCACCCGGCGCACCAAUCCUCGCACCAUCCUCGAACCCAGAGCCUCCAAUCCUCGAACCCAGAGCCAGCAUCCGGAAAGCUUCAAAUCCAGAAGGCUUCAAAUCCUCGAACCCAGAGCCAGAACCCUCCAAAUCCUCGAACCCAGAGCCUCCAAUCCUCGAACCCGCGCCCCUCGCACCAUGAACCAAGCCGAGCUCCCCUCUCCCCCCCCUCCCUUGUCCCCGCCCCCCGCGCCGGGCGAGCGCCUCUUCCGGGACGCCGUGCGCGCCGGCAACACGGCCGCCGUGCACGCCCUCCUGCGCACCAUGAACUCGUGCGAAUUCAACGUCAACGCCUUUGGGCCGGAGGGCCAGACUGCCUUGCACCAAUCGGUGAGCGACGGGAACCUGGAGCUGGUGAAACUCUUGGUGCGGUUCGGCGCCGACGUGCGAUUGGCCAACCGGGACGGCUGGAGUGCGCUGCACAUGGCGGCCUUUUCGGGGCACCAGGACAUCGUGCUCUACUUGGUGGCCAAGGCCCGGGGGGGCGGGGGGGGAGGAGGAGGGCCGUCGUAAGGGGGCGGGACUCGAACCCGGGCCAGAAGAGGACUUGGUGCGCAUGUUGGGAGCGCAUGACUUGAAGCCAUGGCUGAGGAUUGGAUGGGGAUGUUGGAAGCGCAGGAUUCGAACCCGCAGCCGAGGACUUUUGUGCACGUGGGAGAACCCACAGCCUGGACUUAAGGGGCGUCUUUUAAGCCCAUGACUCGAACCCGCACCCGAGAAGCGAAUGCGCCAUUUGGAAGCACGUGACUUGAACCCGCAACCGGGGGUUUCGUGGGAAUGUGGGGAGUGUGCAACUCGAACCCACAACUGAGGACUUAUGCGCCCGUUGGGAAUGUGUAACUUGAACCCUAUGACUGAGGACUUGCGCCCGUCGGAAGUGCGCCAUCUGAACCAACAAGCGAGGAUUUAAUGGGCCUGUUGGGAGUGCGUGAGUCGAACCCACAACCCACCGCUGCUGAGGACUUAUGCACCUGUUGGAAAUGCACGACUUGCACCCAUGACCAGGGACUUGUGGGCCUGUUGGGAGCGUGCAACUUGAACCCGCAACCGAGGACUUAUGCGCCCAUCAGAAGGGCGAACCCACCACCGGCUUAAUGUGCCUGUUUGGAGCGCAUGAGUCGAACCCACAGCCAGGGAUUUAAUGGGGCUGUCAGAAUUGCGCAUGACUUGAACCCGCAACCGAGGACUUAUGCGCACGUGGGAGAACCCACAGCCAGGACUUGAUGGGCCUGUUGGGAGCGCACAAUUUGAACCCAUGUCCAGGACUUAAUGGGCCUGUUGGGAGCGCAUGACUUGAACCCAUGGCCAGGACUUAUGCGCCCCUCGGAAGCGCACGACUUGCACCCACUACCAAGGAUUUAUGCGCCCGUCAGAAGGGCGUGACUUGAACCCAUGGCCAGGACUUCAUGCGCCCCUUGGAAGCGCACAACUCGCACCCACAACUGAGGACUUGAAGCGCCCGUCAGAAAUGUGCAUCUUGAACCCAGGGCCAGGAUUUAAUGGGCCUGUUGGAAGCGCACGACUCGCACUCACAACCCACCACUGCAGAGGACUUAAUGCGAUCGUGUUGGGAGCGCAUGAUUCGAACCCAGGACCGGGGAUUUAAUGGGGCUGUUGGGAAUGUGCAACUUGAACCCAUGGCCAGGACUUGAUGCGAUCGUUGUUGGGAGCGCAUGAUUGUUGGGAGCGCAUGGCCAGGACUUAAUGCGAUCGUGUUGGGAGCGCAUGAUUCGAACCCAGGACCGGGGGUUUAAUGGGCCUGUGGGGAGCGCAUGACUCGAACCCACAACCGGGGAUUUAAUGGGCCCGUCGGAACCCAUGGCCAGGACUUAAUGUGUCUGUUGGGAGCGCAUGACUUGAACCCACGGCCAGGACUUAGUGCUCCUGUUUCAUGCGCAUGACUUGAACCCAGCACCCAGCACUGCAUAGGAUUUAAUGGGGAGCGCAUAAAUCGAACCCAUGACCGAGGGCUUAUGCACCCGUUGGAAAUGCUCGACUUGAACCCAUCUCCAGGACUUGAUGGGCCUGUUGCAAGCGCACGAUUUGAACCCACGACCGGGGAUUUAAUGGGGCUGUUAGGAAUGUGCAACUUGAACCCAUGGCCAGGACUUAAUGCGAUCGUCAGAAGGGCAGGACUUGAACCCGCAACCGAGGACUUAUGCGCCUGUUGGGAAUGUGCAACUUGAACCCCAGGACCGAGGACUUAUGCACCUGUCAGAAGCGCGUUGCUUGAACCCAUGUUCAGGACUUAAUGGGCCUGUUGGGAGCGCAUGAGUCGAACCCAUGACCGAGGAUUUAAUGGGGAUGUUGGAAGUGUGCGAUUUGAACCCAUGGCCAGGACUUAUGCACCAAGCGCAUGACUUGAACCCACUACUGGGAUUUAAUGGGCCUGAUGGGAGUGGGCCAUUUGAACCCACAACCAUGGACUUAUGCGCCUGUUGGCAGCGCAUGACUUGAACCCAGCACCCAGCACUGCAGAGGACUUAAGGGGCCUGUGGGGAGCGCAUGAGUCGAACCCAGGACCGAGGAUUUCAUGGGGCUGUUGGAAGCGCACCACUUGAACCCACAACCCGCCACUGCAGAGGACUUUAUGGGAGCACAUAGGGUGCCUGUGGGGAGCGCACAACUCGAACCCAGGACCGAGAACUUGUGCACCCGUCGGAAGCGCAUGACUUGAACCCACCGCCGACGGGAUGUGCCUGUUGGGAGUGCGCAACUCGAACCCAUGGCCAGGACUUGAUGGGCCUGUUGGAGCGCGUGACUCGAACCCACCACUGCCAAGGAUUCAAGGCAAGCGUCAGCAGCGCAUGGCUCGAACCCACGACCCACCACUGCAGAGGACUUGAUGGGUCUGUUUGGGAGGGCGCGACUCGAACCCACGGCCAAGGACUUGAGGUGCAUGUUGGAAGCGCAGCACUCGAACCCAUGGCCAGGACUUGAGGUGCAUGUUGGAAGCGCAUCACUCGAACCCAUGGCCAGGACUUGAGGUGCAUGUUGGAAGCGCAUCACUCGAACCCAUGGCCAGGACUUGAGGUGCAUGUUGGAAGCGCAUCACUCGAACCCAUGGCCAGGACUUGAGGUGCAUGUUGGAAGCGCAUCACUCGAACCCAUGGCCAGGACUUGAGGUGCAUGUUGGAAGCGCAUCACUCGAACCCAUGGCCAGGACUUGAGGUGCAUGUUGGAAGCGCAUCACUCGAACCCACGGCCAAGGACUUGAUGCGCCCGUUGGAAGCGCAGCACUCGAACCCACGGCCAAGGACUUGAGGUGCAUGUUGGAAGCGCAGCACUCGAACCCACGGCCAAGGACUUGAUGCGCCCGUUGGAAGCGCAUCACUCGAACCCACGGCCAAGGACUUGAGGUGCAUGUUGGAAGCGCAUCACUCGAACCCACGGCCAAGGACUUGAUGCGCCCGUUGGAAGCGCAGCACUCGAACCCACGGCCAAGGACUUGAGGUGCAUGUUGGAAGCGCAGCACUCGAACCCACGGCCAAGGACUUGAUGCGCCCGUUGGAAGCGCAUCACUCGAACCCAGCACCCAGCAUUGCAGAGGACUGAAUGGGCCUGUUGGGAGCGUGCAACUCGAACCCAUGACCAGGACUUAAAGCGGGUUGGGCUGGAUGACCGCUGAGGACUUUGGCGCCCCGUGGAAGCGCACAGCUUGAACCCACCACCAGGACUUGAACCCGCUACCACUACUGAAGACUUCAUGCGCCUGUUGGAAGCCUGCGACUCGAACCCGCCGCCGCCGGCGGAAAAGCGGGCUGGACUGGAUGAUCGCCGGAGGGCCCCUUUUUCGGACUCUUGCCAUCUACCUCUCUUGCUGCGCAGUGUUGCCCCCGAUUCCGAGAUUUCCCCCGCAAAUUCUGAGAUUUCCCAGCAAAUUCUGACAUUUGCCACCCGGAUUCUGAGAUUUGCCGCCCAAAUUCUGAGAUUUCCCAGCAAAUUCUGAGAUUUGCCGCCCAAAUUCUGAGAUUUGCCGCCCAAAUUCUGAGAUUUGCCGCCCAAAUUCUGCGAUUUCCCCUCCAAAUUCUGAGAUUUCCCUCCAAAUUCUGACAUUUCCCAGCAAAUUCUGACAUUUCCCCCCAAAUUCUGAGAUUUACCCCCCCAAUUCUAAGAUUUGCCCCCCAAAUUCUGACAUUUGCCGCCAUUUUAUGGGGCAGAAACUCUUUGUUUUUUUGGGGUGUGUGUGGAAAAUACCAUUUAACGUCUUCAAAUGGGGG